GCCCACAGGAAUCCAGCAGUGACAUAGAGCCGCCUUUGCGGGCUCCUGAGAUUGAUGUCACAUGUGGGAUGGAGGAGGAAGAGGCUGCCUUGGAGUCUGAUGAUGGAUCCACCACUUCUGGUCAUCUGGAUUCCGCCCCUGCCCAGUCACAGACCCCUCCCCGUGCACACACCCCUGACCAUGGCCACACCUCUGCACACACCCAGAGCCCUUCCCAUCACCAAACCCAUGACCAUGCCCCGACCACUGCCAGCCCUUCCCAUAUUUCAUAUCCUGUCCCUCCCAAAAAACGCCCAUACACCCCCCUUCGCCGCUCUCCCCGUAUUCUGGCCCGUACAGCUGCCCAGACCCAAACUCCCCCACUCCCCAGCUGUACGGCCUACCCUGGAGCAGCAGCUCACCACUCCCCAAGCCAUUCCCAUCCCUCCCCGAGCCAAUCCCAUCCCUUCCCCCUGUUUAAACCUUCAUUGUCCUGGGUGUCAGAUUGUCCUUCCCAGGCACAGCUGUAAGUAUCAUUCUAAAUACACUUUAUAAGAUACUUAAAGGUACAGUGAAGUUCAAUUGGUUAAAUUGUGAUUCAA